GACAAGACACAGGCUUACCUCUGAGGCAUGCACCCCCACCUUCUCCAGGGACCUCAUUAGAGAUGUUUAGCUGGGAAGGUGUCAGGCCAAGCCCUCGGAGACAGGGCAGAGUGCUGAAACCAGUCUCCACCUCAUCAGUAGCGGAGAACCCUGUUUGUGUUGCUAAGAGCUUUAGAAACCAAAGCCAGAGAAGUUGCAACUGGAGACCAAAGUCGGAAUUAGUCUUCACCUCCUAAAACACCCAGAGACCCUGGACAUAUCAAACCCCAACACCAGGACGCAGAAACAUGAGCCAGGACAACAAAGUGAAGACAACAGAGUCCAGCCCACCUGUCCCACCCAAGGCCAGGAAGUCAGUGCCUGUCCUGGACCCAUCUGGGGACUACUAUUACUGGUGGCUCAACACGAUGGUCUUCCCAGUGAUGUAUAACCUCAUCAUUGUUGUGUGCAGAGCCUGUUUCCCUGACCUGCAGCAUGGUUAUCUGGUGGCCUGGUUAGUGCUGGAUUAUAUAAGUGACCUGCUGUACCUGCUGGACAUCGUGGUGCGUUUCCACACAGGAUUUCUGGAACAAGGCAUUCUGGUGGUGGACAAGGGCAGGAUCUGCAGUCGCUACGUUCGCACCUGGAGCUUCUUCUUGGACCUGGCUUCCCUGGUGCCCACCGAUGUGGCCUACGCGCGGCUGGGCCUGCACACGCCCACGCUGCGGCUGAACCGCUUUCUGCGCGCGCCCCGCCUCUUCGAGGCCUUCGACCGCACCGAGACCCGCACGGCCUACCCCAACGCCUUCCGCAUCGCCAAGCUGAUGCUGUACAUCUUCGUUGUCAUCCACUGGAACAGCUGCCUGUACUUCGCCCUGUCACGGUACCUGGGCUUCGGGCGUGACGUGUGGGUGUACCCCGACCCCGCGCGCCCCGGGUUCGAGCGCCUGCGGCGCCAGUACCUGUACAGCUUCUACUUCUCCACGCUCAUCCUCACCACCGUGGGCGACACGCCGCUGCCCGACUGCGAGGAGGAGUACCUGUUCAUGGUGGGCGACUUCCUGCUAGCAGUCAUGGGCUUCGCCACCAUCAUGGGGAGCAUGAGCUCGGUCAUCUACAACAUGAACACGGCCGACGCGGCCUUCUACCCCGACCACGCGCUCGUCAAGAAGUACAUGAAGCUGCAGCGGGUCAACCGCCGGCUGGAGCGCAGGGUCAUUGACUGGUACCAGCACCUGCAGAUCAACAAGAAGAUGACCAACGAGGUGGCCAUCCUGCAGCACUUGCCUGAGCGGCUGCGAGCAGAAGUGGCCGUGUCUGUGCACCUGUCUACUCUGAGCCGGGUGCAGAUCUUCCAGAACUGUGAGGCCAGCCUGCUGGAGGAGCUGGUGCUGAAGCUUCAGCCCCAGACCUACUCACCAGGAGAGUAUGUCUGCCGCAAAGGGGACAUUGGCCGGGAGAUGUACAUCAUCCGCGAGGGGCAGCUGGCGGUGGUGGCAGAUGACGGCGUCACGCAGUAUGCUGUGCUCGGUGCGGGGCUUUACUUCGGGGAGAUCAGCAUCAUCAACAUCAAAGGAAAUAUGUCUGGAAACCGCCGCACUGCCAACAUCAAGAGUCUGGGUUAUUCAGACCUGUUUUGCCUGAGCAAGGAAGACCUGAAGGAAGUGCUGAGUGAGUACCCCCAGGCCCAGACUGUCAUGGAGGAGAAGGGCCGUGAGAUCCUGCUCAAAAUGAACAAGCUGGAUGUCAACGCCGAGGCAGCUGAGAUCGCCUUGCAGCAGGCUACAGAGAACCGGCUGCAGGGCCUUGACCGGCAACUCGAUGAUCUCCAGACCAAGUUCGCACGUCUCUUGGCUGAACUGGAGUCCAGCGCGCUCAAGAUCGCCUAUCGCAUUGAGAAACUGGAGUGGGAGACUCGGGAGUGGCCCGUGCCAGAUGAGCCGAUUGAGGCCGAUGACGAGGAUGAGAGUGGGGAGGGAACUUCCAAGAGUGGGGCAGGCAAAGCUGACCAGGAGGGGGCCCCAGGCCCAGAAUGAACCCCCACCCCCAAUCCUAAGGACCAAAAGGAUCCGAAGUUGGAGCAGUCUUCCUGCAGAAACUCUUCCAUCUCGACUACUAGUUUUUUUUUUUUUUAAUUUUUUAUUUAAGAAAGGAUUAGUGAACAAUCGACUACUAGUUUUUUGUUUUUAAUUUUUUUGACAUUUUUUUAACCUUUAUUUAUUGGCUAGAGACAGUCAGAAGUCAAGAGAGAAAGGGCUGAUAGAGAGGGAGAGAGACAGAGAGACACCUGCAGCCCUGCUUCACCACUCAAGAAGCUUUCCCCCUGCAGGUAGGGACUGGGGGCCAAACCCCGGUCCUUUAGCAUUGUAACAUGUGCGCUCAACCAGAUGCGCCACCACCCCGACUAUUAGGUUACAGAGGCAGGAGUGAGCAGGUCGAGGCCCAGCUAGAGAUGCAGGAGCACAGCACGAGUGCAGUCCCUUCUCGCUAACAUAAGCACAGUCUCACAGAGGCAGCUGCUCGCUCUCAAAUGUCUUAUACCCACAUGCUCCAUACACAGCCAACCACGCACUUACACUGUGAGUCACAGCGAUAGACUGAUGCCUCCACAGGUGUGCACACCCUUGUGAAUAUACUCAGAGCCCCCGUGUCCCAACAUGUCCUUUAAAUGGCCUGCAGAUGGGAAGUUCACAAGGACACUUCAAUAAAGUAUCUGCUGCCUCACUGUGUAUUAAUGGACUGAUGGGAGAAGGCAAAUCAGUGGUGGGAUAGGAUGGAUUCUGCCUGGAUUCUGAGUCACAGAGGCAUGGGACACGGACUGUGUACUAGGUGGUAGGUUAGAUCCAAAGAGACUGUGAUGUCUGGUGAAUUGAGCUGUACUGAGAGUGGUUCAUGUGGUACAGCACACAUUACCAUGUGCAAGGACCAAGUUCAAGCCCCUGGUCCCCACCUCAGGAAGGAAAUUUCAGAAGCAGUGGAGCAGUGCUAUAGCCCUCUCCCCACCCGACCCCUCUCCCACCUCUUCUGUGUGUGUGUGUGUGUCUGACUGUUUCUGUCUCUCUCUUUCUCUCUCUUUUAUUUUUUUAUUUUAUUUUAUUUUAUUUUAUUAUUGGAUAGAGACAGAGAGAAAUUGAGAGGGGAGGGGGAAGGAAAGAGAGAGAGACAGAAAGACACCUACAGCCCUGCUUCACCACUUGUGAAGCUUUUCCCCUGCAGGUGGGGACCAGGGGCUUGAACCUGUGUCCUUGUGCACUGUAAUGUGUGCAGUUAACCGGGUGCACCACCACCUGGCCCCCUCUCUUUCUCUUUAUUGCCACUAGGGUUAUUGCUGGGGUUUGGUGCUGGCACAGCUCCUGGCAGUCAUGUUUUCUUUUAUCUUUUAUUUUCUUUCUAUUUUGCUUUUUUGAUGGGAGAGAAAUUGAGAGGGGAGGGGGAGAUAUGAAGGGAGAAAGAUAAGACACUUGCAGACCUGCUUCACCACUCAUGAAGCUUCCCCCUGCAGGUGGGGAGCGGGGGCUUGAACACGGAUCCUUGUGCAUGACAAUGUGCACCCUUAACUGAG